AUGCGCGCUGCGCAGAACAUGCAACUGCAGCAUCAACAACAGCAGCUACAGCAGCAACAGCAGCAUCAACAACAGCAGCUACAGCAGCAGCAUCUACAGCAGCAGCUACAGCAGCAGCAGCAGCAUUAUCAACAGCAGCAGUUACUGCAGCAGCAGCAACAGCAGCAGCAGCAGCAGCAGCAACAGCAGCAGCAUCUUUCCUCCCUCGCCUCCCACCCCCCCGUCCCAUCCGUUACCGUCUCCGAGCCUCCUUCCUCCAUCUCAUCCUCGUUAGUAGCUGACGCGAAACCGUCCAACGAUAUCAACUUCGAGCGCGCCGGUGAAGACUACCGGCUUCAACUAGCCCUCGCGCUGCGCCUAGCCGCGGAGGCGUCGUUUCUAGACGAAGCAAGCGAGAAGCGACGCGGGUCCGGGCGGGCGGGUUUGGACUUUGCAGAGUUCGACGCGCGGGGCAAGGGGGUAACUGGCGCGGGGGAUAGGAGGAGAGGGGGCGCGCGGAAGGCGGGGAGGGACGACGGGAGUGUCGCGCGGGGGAGGGAGGAGGACGAGCGGCGACCGGGGCAUAAGCUGCAUCCGUGGGAGCUGGAGCGAUGCAUUUUCCGCUUCUGGACCACACAAGUCUUAGAAUACAGCGACGCCGCGGACUCGCGGUUCUAUGGGGUGUUUGGUUCCGCGCUGAACGCCAAGGUGUGGGGCGUGUGCGCGGAGGCGCGCGGGCAGGGCCACAUGCCGACUCUGGAGAUGCUGCGCGCGCUGGCAGCGCAUGACACGGCGGUGGACGUGGGCCACAUGCCGACGCUGGACAUGCUGCGCGCGCUGGCAGCGCAUGACACGGCGGUAGACGUGGUGCUGGUGGACUUUGAAGAGGACUCUGGGCUCAGAAAGCUCGUUGCUAGGCUGGCGGCUGGGUGUGGGAAGGCGCAGGGGCAGGGGCAGGGGCAGGGGCAGGGGCAGGCGCAGGGGCAGGCGCAGGCGCAGGGGCAGGGGCCGGGGCAGGGACAAGCGCAGGCGCAGGGGCAGGGACAGGGGGAGGAGGAGAAGAGCGGGGAGCCCACGGCGGGCUCUAUAAUCUCUCUCUCAUACCUCUCCCCUCCCUCUCCCUUCCCUCUCCCCUCCUUCUCCCCUCCCUCUCCCCUCACUCCCUCCCUCUCCCCUCCCUCUCCCUCCCCCCCUCCCUCUCCCCUCCCUCUCCUCUCCCUCCCUCCCUUUCCCCUCCCUCUCCCCUCCCUCUCCUUCUCCCCCUCUCUCCCCUCCCUCACCCUCUCCCUCUUAUCUCCCCUCCCUGUCCCCUCCGUUCAUUCCCGUUCCUAUGAGGUGUGGGAGGAGCUGGCUCGGGAGAGCAGGGUGCGGGCUGGAUCGCCCAUCAUGCUCAUCGGGAGCAUCAAGCUGGGUCUGAGUCGCCACCGCGCCUUGCUCUUCAAGGCCCUAGCGGAUUACUUUGGCAUCCCAUGUCGCAUGAUUCGAGGCACCAAUGGGGAGGCACUCAUUGCCACACGCUGCCGCCACAACAGGGAGUGGCUGGUAGACGUGAUGAGGCAUCCUGGACAGAUGGCCUCUCGUUCUCACGAUGGCACCGUGGCAGGUCCCGCCUUCCUCAGGUCCCCCCUGCAGUUCGACCUCCCCUCCCCCUGGUCCGCCUCCCCCGCCCAAUCCGCGCGCCUGCACCUGCACUCGCGCCCCCCGCGCCCCCCCGGGUCCUCCCCCCAACAGCCCGGCGCAGGGGCAAGGGCGGAGGGCACAGGGACGGGUGGGGGACAAGGGGCGAGUGGGGACGGGAGAGGAGGGUCAGGAGGAGGGGGAGCGGAAGGAGGGGAUGGAGAGCGGGCAGAGGGGGUGGGGAUUGAAUCUGAGCCGUCGGUUUAUGCCUUGGCCACGCAGCAGCGGUUUGCAGGGCGGAGCAGUUGUGGGUGCGGGAUUAGGAGGGCGGUGUGGGGGCAGGGGGGAUUGUCAGGGGGAAGGGGGAGCGCGGGGGGAGCAGAGAGGCGCUCAGGCAGGCUUAGCACGUUGGGGGAAGCGGGGGGAGGGGGCGGAGGGGCAGGGGGGGGAGUAGGGGGAAGCAUGGGGCAAGGGGAUAAUCCCCCCGCUGGUGGUGCUGGGGGGGCGGACAGGGGGGGCGCAGAGCGGAGUGGGGAAGGUGGGGAUGCGGGCGCAUCUGGGGGGAUGAUGGAGGGAAUGGCGGAAGGUGGGGGGAGCAGCGGGGGGAUGCUGGGGAGAUGGCUUAAGAGCCCCGCAGGCAGUGAGCGGGUGUUCUGGGGGGGCGCAGGGGGGGAAGGCGCAUGGGCGCAAGGGGGAGCAGGGGGAGACGGCGGAGGAGGGGGGAGAGGCGCCAGGGGGAAAGGGGGGAUUAUGGAGGGGUGGGGAGUGGUGGCGCCAGGAAAAGGGGGAAAGGGGAGGAAAGGCAAGGCGGGGGAGAAGGGGACGGGGAGGACGAAAGGGGGGAGGAGGGGAGGGAGGGGGAGGGAGGCAGAGGAGGAGAGUGGGGAGGACGGGCGGGGAGGGGCGGGGGGAGCAGGGGGGGCAGCGGGGGCGCGGGAGAUGGCGGAUGAAGGGGCUAUGGUGCUGCGAUGGGCAAUGAAGGAGCUUGAAAUCGACUGGGGUGACAUGCACUUGCGGGAGAGAAUAGGGCAAGCAAGUGGUAGUGAAGCUCUUUCCCCUUACCUCCCUCCCCUGCUCUCCCCUGCUCUCCCCUGCCCUCCCCUGCGAUCCCACUCCCUUCCCUGCCCUCCCCCAUCUCUCCCCCGCUGCUGCACUCAGGACGUGGCAGUGAAGGUCUUUCUAGACCAGGACCUGGGCUCCCAUGCUCUCGAGGACUUCAGGACAGAGGUGGCCAUAAUGUUCAAGGCGCGCCACCCCAACGUGCUCUACCUCAUGGGUGCUGUCACCCGCCCGCCCCACCUCUCUAUAGUCACCGAGUUCUGCCCGCGGUACGUCUGA